GAAUGCACAUUGGAACUCUUUGGUUGACGCUGCUGACACUUCCCAAACAUCGGUUAACACAUUAGGCCUGUUGCAGAAUGACAAAGAUGGAAAACGAAUAUAAAAGGGACCUGAUCGCUCGAGUAAUAACAUCUUUCCAACUGUUCCUCGACAACUCAAUCGAAAAACAAAACAUAUAGAAGAAGUCUUUCUAGCAUGUCGGCAACAACGUGCAUCGGCGCCCAAGUGGCCUCUGAGGCAGGCGAAGUCUUGGACAUGGCGGGAAUCUUCUAUGUCUUGUUUGGCUGGCUUCCUGUCGCUUUAAUUGCAGAAGAUAAGGGAUUUGGCGAGGUCGACUUGCUGGUUCCAAAGCAAGACCUCACAAGAGCCAUUGAAAAACUUGUUGAGGCCGGCUUUCAUGAAUGCCAGGAUCCCAACUGCAUCGAACUGCAAGAGAACCGCCGCCCAAUAACGUCGAAUAAUGUGUUCCAGGCAAUGGCUUUCUUGAUUGGUAAUUCAAUCCAUGCUGUCGCGAAUGCCCAUUUCCAUCUCGGCUCUCAGUAUGAAUCUUGUACGGUACUAUCAUUGUACACCAUAUCCGACCUACUCUGGUGGUUUGAGGAUAAGGAGCAAAGGUUGCUUCUCACCGAUGACGACGUGUGGUUUUCAAACGAUUCCCGCCUCCCGCCUUAUCGAGAGGGGGGACCCUCAGGGGCAUGGACAGCGCUUCCUCCUGUCCGAAUGUUGAGUCCGACUGCAUUCAGCGAAGCUUUGAUCCGCUUGAUGUGCCAGAACUAUGGCCAUAUCAAGGGCGUGGGCCGAGCCUGGCGCAAGAUGUGGGAGUGUCUUAUGCGGAAUGCGCACCACAUGGAUCUCGAUCCUCGUUUUCAACCGGUUUGGGACAGCUUCAGCGCUAGCCACUAUACUGGUAACCCUUAUGAGAUAUUGCGGGCGCUCCGUGACGAGAUGGUUGCGAAUAAUGAGUUUCCAUAUCUGCCGCCUGUCAACCUGAACGGGCUGACCUAGUGGAUUGAAGACGAUAAAGUGUAAAGCGGUCUGAUGGACUUUGUUUUUUUUUUCA